CGUUACGUAUUUACAAGAAAACUGUGAAUUUUAAAAUAACCUUCAGUGGUUUAAAAUUUUUGUGAGAUUGUCAUCUUUCUCCUGCACCCCUGCUCAUCAAUAGUUUCUUACUGACCAUAUUACUGGUUUGAUUAUGCCCCAAGUUUACCAGUAAAGCACACAUUUUUGUGCUCCUCUCUUUACACUAAUGGGUUUCUUAUAUGCUAAAUGACUUAUAUUUCAGUAGCCAUGAUUUCCAUUGUAAAGAAAAUGAUGUUUCUCAUUGGUUCCUUCCGUAGUUGGAAGUAAGCCAAUAAAGAUUUCAACAAUCUUAUCUAUCUACAAAAGGGAGAAUCAGCUUGGUUUAUUGUGUUGCUAGUGAAAAUCUUUCUUAUGACAAUUAACUUUUACUGUACUUCAAUGGAUCACAAUAUUGCUGCAGGAAUGUGAUUGCCUUGUAGCUAUUUGGUCCAUUGAAAAGCAAAUGAUGUUUCCCAUGGGCUCCUACUAUAAUUGGAAGUGGGCCAAGAAAAAUGUCCACAAUUUCAAUUACCAAAGAGAGAACCAGCUUGGUUUGUAAUGCUUUUAGAGAAAAUAUGUCUUGUAGGAAUUUACUUCUUCAAUGGAUCAGGAUAUUACUGCAGGGAUGUGAUUGCCUUGUAGCCAUUUGGUCCAUUGAAAAGAAAAUGAUGUUUCCCAUGGGCUCCUACCAUAGUUGGAAGUGGGCCAAGAUAGAUUUCAACAAUUUUAAUUUACUAAAGAGAGAACCAGCUUGGUUUAUAAUGCGUCUGGAUAAAUUAUGUCUUUUACUAAUUUACCUUACUCCAAUGGAUCAGGAUAUUGCGGCAGGAUAUCAUUGCCUUGUUGCUAUUUGGUCCAUUGAAAAGAAAAUGAUGUUUCCCAUGGGCUCCUACCAUAGGUGGAAGUGGGCCAAGAUAGAUUUCAACAAUUUUAAUGCGGAUAUUGCUGCAAGGAAGUCAUUGCCUAGUAGCUAUUUGGUUCAUUGAAAAGAAAAUGAUGUUUCCCAUGAGUUCCUUCUGUAAUAAGAAGUGAGCUAAGAUAGAUUUCAACAUUUUUUACCUAACAGAAGAACAACUUGGUGGUUGUAGCAGUUGCAGCCAAGAAUGUGUCGAUAAGAGAAUAUGUUUGUACCUUG